GGCUCAGAGGGAGGUGUCAUUCCAGUGCAAACACACAAGCUGCAGGGAAUUACUCAGAAGCUAACAGCAGCUUGCCAGCUUCUUCUAACAAUCAAAUCACCACUGUGGAAUAUGCAUUUAAUUUAAUUAUAUUUCAUGCCAUGAAAUGAAGAGAAGAUGGGGGCAAAGGAGUCAAGGAUCGGUUUCCUCUCUUAUGACGAGGCCAUCAAAAGAGUCACUGAUGUGGAACUCAAACGACUGAGAGAUGCCUUCAGGAGGACUAGUGGCUUGUCCUACUACAUGAACCAGCAAUGUUUCUUCAAGGAAGUGCUGGGAGACAUGGUGCCCCCUCGGGUGGCUGAGGUGAUCUACAACUCAUUCGGGGGGACGUCUAAAGGUCUGCACUUCAACAACCUCAUCGUUGGGCUUGUGCUGUUGACAAGAGGCCGGGAUGAAGAAAAGACCAAGUACAUCUUCAGUCUGUUUGCCAGCGAGUCAGGCAGCUAUGCCACACGGGAGGACAUGGAGGCCAUGCUGCAGGCUGUGGACGGAGAGAUACCUACCUCUCUCCGCAAGUGUUUCACUGAGGGGGAGAAGGUGAAUUAUGAGAAGUUUAAGAGCUGGAUUCUGCAGAAUAAGGAAGCCUUCACAUUUUCUCGUUGGCUGCUCUCGAGUGGCGUGUGUGUCACCCUGACCGACGACAGCGACACACCCACCUUCUACCAAACACUGGCCGGAGUGACCCACUUGGAGGAGGCAGACAUCAUUGACCUUGAGAAGCGCUACUGGCUGCUGAAGGCUCAGUCAAGGACGGGACGCUUUGACCUGGAGACCUUUGUACCUCUGGUCUCGCCCCCCAUUCACACAUCCCUGAGUGAAGGCUUGUUCCACGCCUUUGAUGAGAACCGGGAUAAUCACAUCGACUUCAAGGAGAUCUCAUGUGGUCUGUCCGCCUGCUGUCGAGGGCCACGCGCAGAGAGGCAGAAGUUUUGCUUCAAAGUGUUUGAUGUGGAUCGAGAUGGGGUGUUGUCUCGAGAGGAGAUCCGAGAGAUGGUGGCUGCGCUGCUGGAGGUGUGGAAAGACAACCGCACGGACUCCAUCCCAGAGCUAAACAUCAGUGUGACUGACAUUGUGGAAGACAUUUUGAAAACACAUGAUACAACCAAACAGGGUCAUCUGACUCUGGAAGACUAUCAGAUCUGGAGCGUCCAGAGCGCUCUGGCCGACGAGUUCCUCAACCUGCUGUUUCAGGUGUGUCACAUAGUCCUGGGGUUGCGGCCUGCCACUCCUGAGGAGGAAGGUCAGAUAAUCAGAGGUUGGCUGGAGAGGGAGAGCAGGCAUGGCCUGCAGCCUGGAGACUACUGGUUUCUCAUUGCCACACAAUGGUGGCAGCAGUGGAAAGACUAUGUCAGAUAUGACAGCAAAGCGAUUGUGAUGGAGCAGCCGUGUGUGUUUGGGACGGCUCGGAGCCCGGUGGGGUCAGCACCAGGGUCAGGGGGAAUGGCUCAGACCCCUGAGGCGGCAGGAGACGGUGGCAUGGCCAACUCUCCCGCCUCGUCGGAGGAGAAGUUCUCUGAUAACAUCUCCAGCGCCUCCGAGGCCUCAGAGACCACCAGUGGGAGCCUGCUGCCUUCCAGCUCCACAGCGACAGACAUCUGCUUCCCACGCCAGACCGACACCUCGGACACAGACAGCCAGAGUUUCCUGGGGGCUGAUGGGAACGUGGCGGCACAGAGGCCCGGCGCCAUUGACAACCAAACACUCGUUACCUCAGAGCCUCUCAAGGCUCCCACGCUGACUAUGGAGGGGGGACUGCUGAGACGCUCGCCCAGACUGUCUCACGGACGUGACUUUGAGGUGGUCCCCGAGCCCGUGUGGAGGGCGUUGUAUCACUGGUAUGGAGCCAACCUUAGCCUACCUCGGCCGGUGGUCAGACAGGUGGACAUGGAGCGUGCCGAGCUGGAGCUCUUCCCCCGGCACCUGCUCUUCCUGAGGCAGCAGCCUCCUCCGCGUACCCCCCAGUCCAACGGCUGGGCCAACAUGGGUAACAUGCCCUCUCCCAGUGCCCCUUUGAAGCGUGUGCUGGUCUACACCGGCUGCUUCAGCAGGGUGGGCUCCAUUAAAGACAUCCAUGAGUAUCUGUCUCAGAGGCUCCGCAUCAAAGAGGAGGACAUGAGGCUCUGGCUCUACAACAACGAGAACUAUCUCACCCUUCUGGAUGAUGAGGACCAUUCUCUGGAUGACCUGAAGAUUCCAGAUGAGCAAUACAUGGUUAUUGAAGUACGGAACAAAGACAUGAGCUGGCCCGAGGAGAUGUCCUUCCUGGCCAACAGCAAUAGGAUGAGCCGGUACAAAGUAGUUCCUACUGAGAAGGGGGCGACGGGGCUCAGUAACCUUGGCAACACGUGCUUCAUGAACUCCAGCAUCCAGUGUGUGAGCAACACUAAGCCCCUGACUGAAUACUUUACCUCAGGACGACACCUCUAUGAGCUCAACAGGACCAAUCCGAUCGGGAUGCGGGGUCACAUGGCUAAGUGCUACGGGGACCUGAUGCAGGAGCUCUGGAGUGGCACCCAGAAAAGCAUCGCACCUCUCAAACUGCGGUGGACGAUAGCAAAGUAUGCACCGCGAUUCAACGGCUUUCAGCAGCAGGACUCCCAGGAGCUGCUGGCCUUCUUGCUGGAUGGCCUGCACGAGGACCUGAACCGUGUCCACGACAAGCCGUAUGUGGAGCUGAAGGACAGCGACGGACGGCCCGACUGGGAGGUGGCGUCUGAGGCGUGGGAGAACCACCUGAGGAGGAACCGGUCUAUCGUGGUGGACCUGUUCCACGGCCAGCUGCGCUCCCAGGUCAAGUGUAAAACCUGCGGCCACGUCAGCGCUCGCUUUGACCCCUUCAACUUCCUUUCCCUGCCCCUGCCUAUGGACAACUCCAUGCACUUAGAGAUUAUUGUGAUCCAACUGGACGGCUCCACGCCGGUGCGGUACGGCCUCAGGCUCAACGUGGACGAGAAGUACACCGGACUCAAAAGGCUCUUGAGCAAGCUGUGCAGCCUCCGUCCUGAACAGAUCUUGUUGGCCGAGGUCCACACCUCCAACAUUAAGAACUUUCCACUGGACAACCAGAAGGUGCGGCGUGCAGUGACCGGGUUCCUCUGUGCGUUUGAGAUCCCAGUGCCCGGUUCCCCUUCGUCAGCCAUCUCCACCCCUGUAGAGACCUGUGAUGAGGGGCCAGCUUUACCAAAUGGAAAUGCCACCAUGGUGGGAAAUGGUGCCCACCUAAAGCUGGAUCUGAUGCCCAAAGGGAUGCCCAGCACCAUUGUUCCAUGUGGCACAGAGACCAGCCCUGCCAAUGGCAUGCCCAAUGGCCACGAGACGCCACCUAUGGACAGCCCAUUCACCGGUUACAUCAUUGCUAUCCAUCGGAAGAUGAUGCGGGCAGAGUUGUACUUCCUGUCAUCUCAGAAGAACAGGCCCAGUCUGUUUGGCAUGCCCCUAAUAGUACCCUGCACGGUGCACACUCGGGCACGGGACCUCUACGACGCCGUGUGGACACAGGUGUCCCGCCUGGCAAGCCCCUUGCCCCCUCAGGAGGCCAGUAACCACGCCCAGGACUGUGAUGACAGCUUGGGCUACCAGUAUCCCUUUACCCUGCGGGUGGUGCAGAAGGACGGCAACUCCUGUGCCUGGUGCCCCUGGUACCGGUUCUGCAGAGGCUGUGCCAUAGAGUGCUCCGACGAGGCGGCCACUGUGGGCAACGCCUACAUCGCCGUGGACUGGGACCCCACAGCGCUGCACCUGCGCUACCAGACCUCACAAGAGAGGAUGGUAGAGGAGCAUGUGAGUGUGGAGCAGAGCCGGAGGGCCCAGGCCGAACCCAUCAACCUGGACAGCUGCCUGCGGGCCUUCACCAGCGAGGAGGAGCUGGGCGAGGACGAGCUCUACUACUGCUCCAAGUGCAAGACCCACCGGCUGGCCACCAAGAAGCUGGACCUCUGGAGGCUGCCCCCCAUCCUGAUUGUGCAUUUGAAACGGUUCCAGUUUGUGAACGGGCGGUGGAUAAAGUCCCAGAAGAUCGUGAAGUUCCCCAGGGAGAACUUUGACCCCAGCGCCUUCCUCACGCCACGCGAGGCCGAGCAGGAGGGUUCCAGCGACGAGCUACGGGACCUGGGUGCGGGGUCAAAGUCUGGGAGUGGAGAUGGAGCCAACUCCUCCAUGGCCAGUGAUAUGAAAGAGUCUCCUGGUAUGGCCCGCACCCCCAGUGGGCCCCUGAGUAGAGAGGGCAGCCCCGCCGGCAGCCCCAAGCGUGAUGGCCGGCGGCACGGCCGCGUCUUCCCCCCGCAGCUGGACGUCCGGCUGCAGCUGUCCCUAAGCAAGGAGAGCCUGGACAGCGGCCGCGAGAGCCCUAUGGACCUGGAGUCCAGCAUGGCCAGCGCCGCCACUGGCCACACAGGAGGAGGUGGUGGAGCGGUCGGCGGAGGACUGCUGAGGGUAGAAGCGGACGCGGAGGCCGUCGGGGGGCUCGACUCGGCCCUGGGGGAGGACACGGCCAGCAGGGACUGCGACAACACUAUGUCCAUGUCGGAGCUGGAGAGCAACGGCUGCACGGAGGACAGCAUGGACCUGGAAGCCUCGCAGGACCAGCGGGACCGGGGUUGUCUGGACCCAAUGUAUGACCUGUAUGCAAUAUCAUGUCACUCAGGAAUUCUAGGAGGAGGCCACUAUGUGACGUAUGCCAAAAACCCCAACAGGAAAUGGUACUGCUACAAUGACAGCAGCUGCAAGGAGUUGAACUCGGACGAGAUUGAUGCGGACUCUGCGUACAUCCUCUUCUACGAGCAGCAAGGCCUGGACAGCUCCCUCUUCAUGCCAAAGACAGAGGGCAAAAAGAUGGCCGACACCAGCAGCAUGGAUGAGGACUUUGAGAUGGACUACAAGAAGUACUGCGUCCUUCAGUGAGGUUGGUCGUUCGCGUGUUCGGGCUUUCUCGCCGGACACCUGUAGCUCUUUAAGGGGUCCCUGUCGGAUGGAAGAGGGUGUAUGGAUGUCUACGCAGCUGCCCAGGUCUCUCAGAUUGAGAGGGAAAUCCAAUACGGAAAUCGUCACAGAUGAUGUCUCUCUGUGUCUCUCUGUUCCAUGUCUAUGUCGGCAUUGUCCGUUUUCCUUUUGUUUAUUUUCUUUAUUGUGAUCGCGGAUGCUUUUUUUAGUUUUUUUUUUUUACCUAUAUGUAUUAUUGAUGUAGUUUUGUUUGCGUUGCCAGUUACGGAACUGUCCGUUGAUUUCAAGCCCAAACGAAUCAAGUGAAAGUAUCUGUGCUCAAUGCCAAUGUCUUAACACUAAGAAAAGGUUUUUUUUUUUUUUAUGACAAGAUUUAUGCUGGAUAUGUUGAUGUUAUGGAGACAGAGACAGUCGUCUGAACCAUGUCCCUUUAUAAGGACAAAGAGGAACAUGUCAGCAUUUUAUGUCCUCUGUGUAUGAAAUGGUACUUUUUAUCGUUGGACGUUUUAUGGUAUUGAAUGUCGCCGUUCCCGAGAAAUCGGAAACUGUACCAUCAGGGAAGAAGUGCACAUGUCAGUUGGUGCCACGUGCGGAUCCAUUGUUACAAAUUUAUUUCCUUUUGUAAUAUCAAAUAUGCUCCUAGACUAUGAUCGAGCCUGAAGAAACUAGACACUCAUAGCCCUUGGAGAUAAGAAAUAACGCACCUUUGGGUGGGGUGGGGUGGGGUGGUUGGGUUGUGGGUUGGUCAUUUCCCCGUCAUGUCACGCUAGUCCACUUAGCCUGUGCCAAGAUUUUGUAGCCCAAAAAACAUCAGUGUGAUAUGUAACUUUGUCGUUCCAGAGUGGGAGACAUGAAGAAUUGGAGUGAUUUUACAGAACAGUGUGAAUAAAGCCAAGCCAGAUUUGGCAGAGAUGACGCAUUCUCAUAAUCUUAGUGCUAUCUAUAGGUGUUUAUGUCCCAUGGAGAAUAACUGUUGACCUUGAUAUGGUACAGAAGAUAGUCUCAACUGUUACAAAAAACGUGACUAGUCCCUUACUCAGUACAUUGUACUGUUACCAAUCUUCCCACGUGUUUGUGAAAUGUUUGCCAUGCUUAUAAUGUGUGGGGGAAUUAUCUUCAACCAUUGAAUCUAGUCAGAAAGUCAUUUGUUGUCUUUAUAGGUAAACUGUUACAUUAAUGACUUACUGGCUGUUAUCCUAGAUUCAGCUUUUCAGUUGUCAUCAGGGUUAUUUUCUUUGUCAUUAAACCGCACUUUUCAUUAUCAGCAGAAUAUUCAUGCAUGAUAAUCGACUACUGAAACAUUUGUCUUUGUUAUUUUUGUAUAUUAAUUUACAUUUUGAGUUAAUAAUUUAAUGUAUGUUUUGUAAAGUUUUGUUUAAAAAAAAAAAGAAGAAAACCUGACGCUUACUUUGCACUGACCCCAGAGGUGUUGAACAAGGUGUACAUAGAGACUUGGCAAAUUAAUGUAUGUGAACAUGAACUGUUGCGAAAUGAGCUGUACUGUAUAUGAGUGACGCUGUACCUGCAACUAUUAAAGCUUGUAUAAAGGCUGAAGCAGCAUA